GUUGCAGGGUGAAGCGGUGCUGCAGGGUUCCACGCCAUUUUGUUCAUUUGUGGAACCCCCCCCUCUAAGGAGCAGAGUGCAGCCAAUAGUUGGAGGGCGGGCGGCUCUCUUGCAGGAAAGAAAUUAAAGCAUAAUCCUCUUAGAAUGAUGGGUGGACUCGCAUCAAACACAACGCUGCCUCCACUUUUUGCUGAUGAUGAUGUAUCAAAGGAGAGUGCGGACCUGACAGUCGAUGCUGGAUUUUCAGGCGCAGAAGGCUCAUACAGUUCAGGGGUGUCUCAGUCUAUGAACAAUCCAGAGUUUGUGGAGGAUCUGUCUCAGGUGCAGUUACUGGAGAAUGAGUCCCCUCGGGCAGCAGAUACCAAUGAGCAGAGAAGUGAGCAGGAGGAGAAAUCUGUCAAGAAGGCAGCCUGGCCCAAGGGAAGGAAAAGGAAAAAAGCCACCAAGGACAGCAAUGCUCCCAAAGCCCCGCUCACUGGGUAUGUGAGGUUCCUCAACCAGCGCCGGGAGCAGCUUCGAUCCCAGCGGCCCGAUGUGCCGUUCUCCGAAAUCACGAGGAUGUUGGGGAAUGAAUGGAGUAAACUGCCUGCGGACAAUAAACAGCAUUAUUUAGAUGAGGCAGAGAAAGACAAAGAGCGUUACAUGAAGGAACUGGAGCAGUACCAACAGACUGAGGCUUACAAAAGAUUCAGCCAGAAAGCAGAUGAUAAACGACGGACAAAAGGGCUUAGCCAAGAUGAAGGAUCUCGAGCCAAUAACAUUCCUGUUACAGAGAAGCAAGGUGUUGGCCUGAAGGAUCAAUCCGUGUUGGAUAUUCCUAUUUUCUCUGAAGAAUUUUUGGACCACAGUAAAGCUCGGGAGCGGGAGCUCCGUCAGCUACGGAAAUCCAAUAUAGAAUAUGAAGAGCGAAACGCGGCUUUGCAGAAACACGUGGAGAGCAUGAAGACGGCGGUGGAGAAGCUGGAGAUCGAUGUGAUGCAGGAACGCAACAGGAAUGUGCUCCUUCAGCAGCACCUGGACACCUUGCGGCAGGCACUGACGUCCAGCUUUGCCACUGUACCCUUGCCAGGUUCUGGGGAGACGCCCACCUUGGAUACCAUUGAUUCCUACAUGAGGAAAUUACACGGCAUUAUUCUGUCCAACCCACAAAGUAGUGAAAACCUCAUUAACACAGUGCGUGACUUAGUUAGCCGACUUGACAGUUGAAAUUGUGGUUGACUGUCGAGGCAUCAACAUCUGUACACACAGCUGGGCAGUGGGAAAUGGAAGGAGCCACUGGAUUGUCAAUGGAAAUAAAAUGGCAGCUACUGUUUCUGGCCUUGAAAUUUAGCCUGACCUGGAGAAGGAUUGUUCCUUUCAUUUCAAGAGACCAAACAUCGGAGUGCAACAGGCGAUGGCUGGGUUGUCUCCUGUUAGUUGGCAGCGUUGAUGUCGUUUUUAACUCCUCCAUCAUUGUUCUCUUGCCAAAUUUCCUUGCGUUAAUUGUAUGUUAUGUUUAUGUGGCUAUUGAGCCAUUCUGUGCUCAAACAAAAUCAUUUAUUUAAUUAUGUUUUGUUAUAAAAGGAUGUUUUCUCCCUUCUCUUUACGGGGCAGCUGAAGUUGGGAACUCACCGGGUCAUUUUCAGAAACACUGGCUGGUACGCCAAAUAUCAGACUAUUUAUGAUAUGAACAGGGUAACCUGUUGAUGGAAUUGGUCAUAAUACCAUCUGAGUAGGACAGGAAGGGCCUUAAAUCAAACAUCUUUUAUCCCCAAUGCUAACUAAUGUAGCAGUGCCAUAGAAUUGUAAAAAUUUGAAGCACAGGCCAUUCUGCCCAUUAUGGUCAUGUCUGGUAUAAAAUAACUAAAGCUAACCUCACUUCCCAGCCCUCAGUUGCCUCUUGCGUAUGGCGUGCAUAGCCUAAAGUUGUCGGACAACUUGUUCUAUUUGAUUGUGCACGCCGGGUUGAUUGCAUUCGUCGAAACAGGGCGGACUACCUGAAGGUUGCAAUCUCCCACCCCAGUCAGUUGCUGAUGAGAACGAAAAUAGCCUUCCUAUUUCUGUAUUUCUGUCAUUUACUUUACAUGUGUGCACCUUACUGAGAGUGUUCUCCGCAAGGGAAAUGUCUUUCCCUGUUCCUCUUUGUCAAGUCUCCUCAAAGGUUUACGACCUUGCGUAAGUACUGCGCCUGUUUUUCAGGAAAGCCGAUUUCCAACCAGCCUCUCACGGUAACUAAGGCUAUCGAGUCUUGUAAAUCUUCCGACAAUAUCGUGCUAUAAUUGGCUCCCAUCCCCUGAAAGUUGGGAGGAGUGAAUAACCCGUCUUCUCCAUCCUAGUUGAAGUAUCUCCUUCAAUAUGCAUUUUCAUAGGAGCAGAAUUAGGCUAUUCGACCCAUCAAGUCUACCCCGCCAUUCAAUAAUGGCUGAUCCAUCUCUCCCACCUAACCCCAUUCUCCUGCCUUCUCCCCAUAACCCUUGACACCCGUACUAAUCAAGAAUCUAUCUCGGCCUCAAGUAAGAGAAAAGAACCAUCUUUAAUAAGGAACUAAAUCCAUCCAAUGAAAGAUGAUUGCCCUGAAAUGUUCAAUAUGUUUUUCUGCAGCUGCUUUCUAAUCCUAUAGGGCAUUUUUCAAUUAUUUUCUAUCAUAUCUUGCUUGUAUUUUAGAUUUCCAUCAUUGACAGUGCUGUGCUUCUGUAAGUUAGCAUUGAUGCAUCUCGCAGCGAGAUGGUCACUGUUGCUGGAGAAGGAAUCAGUGCUGAUUGUAGAAUCCAAGUGCAUCCUGGUUAUCCACGCUGCCCCCAUCUUGUCUCCCUGGCCCUACUGUGGAAUAGAUUACCCAAACUCUGCAGGCUUCCAUGCAAAACGAGACAUUGACCAACCUACGGUGGCGCAGUGGUAGAGUUGUUGCCUUCACAGCCCUUGCAACGCUGGAGACUCUGGUUCGAUCCUGACUACAGGUGCUGUCUGUACAGAGUUUGUCUGUUCUCCCCCCCGACCGCUUGGAUCUUUUUUCUGAUAUCUUCGGUUUCCUCCCACACUCCUAAGACGUACAGGUAUGUAGGUAAAUUGGCUUGGUAUGUGUGUAAAUUGUCCCUAGUGUGUGUAGGAUAGUAUUAAUGUGCGGGGAUCGCUGGUCGGUGCAGACUUGGUGGACUGAAGAGCCUGUUUCUCUAAACUAAACUAAAGGGCUGCCCUUUCUGAGCAGCACCUCGACUGAAGUAUGUGGGGGAAAUUCUGAUGUGCUUUGUACGAUGUUAAAGCCUGCACCCCAAAAUAAGUUUGACCGUGUGCAAUUAGUAUUGUAAAGUAUUAUUUUAAUUAACAGUUAAAUGACCCAAAGAAAACCUUUUGUGUUUGGUAUUGCCACUGGAAGUUAUCUAGUGGGAAUACUUUUUCAUAAAUGUCAUUGCAACCGCAAAUGUUUUUAUAAUAUACCUGAGCUCUGCAAACAGAGGCAGUGGGUACUGCUGUAUCUGCUCGAGUUUACUCAGUGAGACAUGUGGAAAGGAUGAAGGAACCAGGAGUUAUUUUUGAGUGUUGGACUCUAAGCCAGAGGGAGUGGAAAGUAGGAAUACAAGAGGACUUCGGAUGCUGGAAUCUGAAGCAGAAAAUGAACUGCUGGAACAACUCAGCAGGUCAAGCAGUAUCUGACGAGUGAACGAGAUGGUUGGUGUUUUGGGUCGAAACCCUAAUGCCCCUGCCCCACUUAGGAAACCUGAACGGAAAUCUCUGGAGACUUUGCGCCCUACCCAAGGUUUCCGUGUGGUUCCCGGAGGUUUUUGUCCGUCUCCCUACCUGUUUCCACUACCUACAACCUCCGGCAACCACCUGCAACCUCCGGGAACCGCACGGAAACCUUGGGUAGGGCGCAAAGUCUCCAGAGGUUUCCGUUCAGGUUUCCUAAGUGAAACAGGGGCAUAAGAGUGUCGAGGGGAGAUGGCCGGUAUAUAGAAGUGAGCGGGAGGGGUGAGGUAAAGGUGGAAGGCACAUUUCUUGAAGCUGAUCAACAUUUCAGGAGUCCUCAAGUAGAAAGCAUGAGAGCACCUGCUGAUUCCCAGAAAAAUGUGGGAAAAAUCCCAAGUAAUGAUGUAUGGAUAGAAUAUACAGCAGCUGAGGUUUAGGGCUAUGUUCAGAGUUGUACAACCGUCACAUGGUAUAAUGACAUAGAGUCAACGUACUUUCUGAUACCUAGUUGGGAAACAUGACCCCAAAGUGGGACUGUCGUCAUUCCUGACAUCCAGUGAUUCCCACUAGAAGUUGCCCGUGGAUAUCAGGUGAGCAGAGGGUUUGAUGUGAACAUGGAGCCUUUGAUAGUCAAGUCAAGGAGUGGAACUAACAUUCCAUAAACAUUUUAAAACUUUCCACAAAGGGAUAUUGAACCAAUUUCAAGAUGAAAUGACACCACUAUCUCCAAUGAGAGGUGAAGAAGGGUCUCGACCCGAAACAUCACCCAUUCCUUCUCUCCAGAGAUGCUGCCUGUCCCGCUGAGUUACUCCAGCAUUUUGUAUUUACCUUCGAUUUAAACCCGCAUCUGCAGUUCUUUCCUACACACACAGAGGUUAAUUGGAUAGUCAUUUACAAUUUUAUUAAAACGUUUAUUUUACUCUCUCAGAUACUGACUACCAUUGCUAUUUUGCAACCCACUGUUCUUGGGUGGUAGCUGGCAGACUGAACAAAGCAUUGCAAAUAAGCUUCAGACUGCAUUUCAAUUCAACACAGUGCCUUCCAUAAUGUUUGGGACAAAGACCUACCAUUUAUUUAUUUGUCACUGUACUCCACAAUUUGAGAUUUGUACAAGAAAAAAAUCACAUGUGGUUAAAGUGCACAUUGUCAGAUUGUAAUAAAGGCCAUUUUUAUACAUUUUGGUUUCACCAUGUGGAAAUUACAGCUGUGUGUAUACAUAGUCCUCCCAUUUCAGGACACCAUAAUGUUUGGGACACAGCAAUGUCAUGUAAAUGAAAGUAGUCGUGUUUAGUAUUUUGUUGCAUAUCCUUUGCAUGCAAUGACUGCCUGAAGUCUGCGAUUCAUGGACAUCACCAGUUGCUGGGUAUCUUCUCUGGUGAUGCUCUGCCAGGCCUGUAUUGCUGCCAUCUUUAGCUUCUGCUUGUUUUGGGGGCCCAGUCCCCUUCAGUUUUCUCUUCAGCAUAUAAAAGGCAAGCCAUGUGUCCCAAACAUUAUGGUGCCUGAAAUUUGGGGGCUGUGUAUAAACACUGCUGUAAUUUCUACAUGGUGAAUCCAAAAUGGUCUUUAUUAAAAUCUGCCAAUGUGCACUUUAACCACAUGUAUUUUUUUUUUUUCUAUUACAAAUCUCAAAUUGUGGAGUAUAGAGGCAAAUAAAUAAAUGAUGGGUCUUUGUCCCAAACAUUAUGGAGAGCACUGUGUGUGAAGAUACUCCCACUGGGGGGGGACAGAAGAGGGGGCGGUGGAAAGAGACUGAUGGAAUUCUGGCUGACCUGAGGUACUACAAUUACUCUUCAAGAAAAACUGGCUCCGAUUUCUUCACAAUCUGGCAGCUGCAGCUUGAUAUAUAUCGAUUGCCUUGCCCAUCUAAUAGUCCACAGAUGUUUGUCAUGUAUGCUGCUUAAGACUCUAACACCAGUGCUAGUACCACUUAUGUACGUGGAUCAUUAUAAAAGCAAAGAAACUAUAACUAAAGAUUCGGUGCCAAAUCUACCACAUGCCUGUCCAUCUUCUCCAAGUAAUAUUUCACUCUGAAGCGCAAAUAUGUAUGGAAACUUGGCUUUCCCUUUCCAAAUCCUUUAUCCUACAUAGAUAGAUUUGUGAGUGAAGUACUGUACAGAGAUGAGAAGAAACACGCUCACAAUUUUGUUAACAAUUUCUGUUCUCUUUCCACAACCUAAUCCUGUUUAGGUAUUAUUUAAUCCCCUGAAGACCAGUCUUUACAUUUUGUUUGAAUACGGAUUAAUUUUCUGUCCUUGCAAUCGAGAAACGUUAAAACAAGAGGGUUUUUAAACUACAUCAUUCCAAUUGCAGUAAUACCAAUCUCGUAAUAUUUUGAUAAACUGUUUCCUGAAGAUUGUUGGAAAACGUUGUCUGAACCAAACCAUUGCCAGUAGACAUGAUGGCAAUAAAGGGAAAAGUCCAAAACGUUCUGAAGAAACAGUACAGAUGUUAUUUCAAAGUGUUCUGAUCGAACAAUUGAUGUAUACAGAUUGCAUUUUGGAUUCAGAGUGCAACUGCAGUUUAAAAUGAAAGCUGUAUUAAAUAUUUAUGAAAGUUAAUUUCUUCCUGUGUCUUAAAUAAGAAUUUGUCUCAUCGUUCAGUCGAAAGGGUCGCAUCAAAAAACAAUUCUGGUGACUUUUAUGGAAGUUGUUAGAGCUGCUGCCUCACAGUGCCAAAGACCCAGCGACAUUCCUGACCUCGUGAGCUGUCUGUGUGUAGAGUUUCCACGUUCUCCCUGUGACCACGCGGGCGUCCGAUCCGGGUGAUCAGGUAUCCUCCCGCAUCCCAGAUUGAUAAACAUACAUCUCCUGACGCUCCUGAACACAUCAUCAGUGAUGUAACCUGGGGUCAUUGGGUGUUUAGGGUCUUUCAACAUCAGAUACCCUCGCCCAGGCCACCCAGCCGUGGUUGAUCAGACCACGACUUGUGUUCAGGUCCUCCCCAUGGACCUCCUCUCCUGAUCCAGAGCCAUCUCGAGGCUUUCUCCGCUGCCUCUGUGGUGUUCUUGAUGGUUCUUCUCCUCUCCGCUCCGUUGAUGCCCAGCGCACUCAAGGCUUUGUAGAGUGAUUGUCCUGCAGCCAACCUCGAUGGGCAUACACCUUGCCUCCCAGCCCUGCUUACGGCAGUCUAUGACCAGCUCUUCAUACUUGGCCAUCUUCCUCUCGUGGGCCUCCUCCAGACAGUCCUCCCUCUGCACUGUCAGUUCCAACAAGACAAUGUGCAGGUUUGUAGAUUCAUUGGCCUCUGUAAAUUGACCCUAGUAUGUAGGGGAUUGUAUGCAAACAUAAGAUAACCUAGUACUAUAGCAUGAACGGGUGAUUGAUGG